AGUUUUUUUUACACAAAUUUUUAUGUGUGUUGCAGGAAAGCAGACGGGUGUAAAGAAAGCAGCUCAGACAUGAAAUGGAGAUUGUCUGUCCUCGUGCUCCUCAGUGGCCUGUGUUCUCAGACCUACUGCCUUCGCCAGUACCACUUCAUUGGUACAACCGUGCCCUGGUCGGAGGCCCAGACAUACUGCAGAGAGCAGUAUACUGAUCUGGCCACAGUGAUCGACAUAGAGGAAAUGAACCGACUGGUGAACACAGCUCAGAGCUCCACUGGAGGCUACACUCAGAAGGCCUGGAUUGGGCUGCAUAAUGACCCCGCCAGCAGCAGGAAGUGGGAAUGGUCGGACCAGAGUGGCUCCAGUUACCGCUACUGGAAGCAAGGACAGCCUGAUAAUGUUGGAGGGGAGCAGAACUGUGUUGCAACUCAUCUGGGCAAUGCAGGCCUGUGGUCAGAUGAACAGUGCAGCAUGCAACUCGCUUUUAUCUGCUAUGGAGAUAAGAAAACCACAACCACCACCACCACCACCACAGCGACCACUACCACCAGUAAAGUGACCACAAACAAAAUAACCACCACUGAGGGAGCCUCAACCAUUACAGAGAUUACCUCUGAAGGAACUUCAAAGGACUCACUCUUGUCCACCACCACAGAGACCACAAGUAAAAUACCCACCACUGGGAAAGAAUCAACCACUGGACAUCUCAGUACAGAUAUUACCUCCCCAGAGGUAGACCAGACAAGACCCAUUACAGUGACCCAAAACAAAAUAACCACUACUGGGGGUCCCUCAACCAGUAGAGAGAUCACCUCCUCUGAGCAGCAUUCAGCAACAACGCUGGAUCAAACAACAUCUGACACUCAGACCUACUGCGCCAGUACCCCUCACCAGUACCACUUCAUUGGUACAACCCUGCCUUGGUCGGAGGCCCAGACAUACUGCAGAGAGCAGUAUACUGACCUGGCCACGGUGAUCGACAUAGAGGAAAUGAACCGACUGGUGAACACAGCUCAGAGCUCCACUGGAGGCUACACUCAGAAGGCCUGGAUCGGGCUGCAUAAUGACCCCGCCAGCAGCAGGAGGUGGGAAUGGUCGGACCAGUGUGACUUCAAGUACCGAUACUGGAAGCAAGGACAGCCUGAUAAUGUUGGGGGGGAGCAGAACUGCGUUGCAACUCAUCUGGGCAAUGCAGGCCUGUGGUCAGAUGAACAGUGCAGCUUGGAACUCGCUUUUAUCUGCUAUGGAGAUAAAAAAAACAUUUUGUCCUCAACCACCGCCACCACUACCAUCACCAAAGUGACCUCAAACAAAAUACCCACCACUGGGAAAGAAUCAACCACUGGACAUCUCAGCACAGAGAUUACCUCCCCAGAGGUAGACCAGACAAGACCCAUUACAGUGACCCAAAACAAAAUAACCACUACUGGGGGUCCCUCAACCAGUAGAGAGAUCACCUCCUCUGAGCAGCAUUCAGCAACAACGCUGGAUCAAACAACAUCUGACACUCAGACCUACUGCACCAGUACCCCUCACCAGUACCACUUCAUUGGUACAACCCUGCCCUGGUCGGAGGCCCAGACAUACUGCAGAGAGCAGUAUACUGACCUGGCCACGGUGAUCGACAUAGAGGAAAUGAACCGACUGGUGAACACAGCUCAGAGCUCCACUGGAGGCUACACUCAGAAGGCCUGGAUCGGGCUGCAUAAUGACCCCGCCAGCAGCAGGAGGUGGGAAUGGUCGGACCAGUGUGACUUCAAGUACCGAUACUGGAAGCAAGGACAGCCUGAUAAUGUUGGAGGGGAGCAGAACUGCGUUGCAACUCAUCUGGGCAAUGCAGGCCUCUGGUCAGACGAACAGUGCAGCUUGGAACUCGCUUUUAUCUGCUAUGGAGAUAAAAAAAAUGUUUUGUCCUCAACCACCACCGCUACUACCAUCACCAAAGUGACCACAAACAAAAUACCAACCACUGGGAAAGAAUCAACCACUGGACAUCUCAGCACAGAGAUUACCUCCCAAGGGGUAGACCGGACAAGACCCAUUACAAUGACCCAAAACAAAAUAACCACCACUGAGGGUCCCUCAACCAGUUCAGAAAUCACCUCCUCUGAGCAGCCUUCAGCAACGAUGCUGGAUCAAACAAAAUCCAGUGAAGCAAGUGCAAGCCAGCCACCUUUGUCCUCUACCACCACAAUGACCCAAAACAAAAUAACCACCACCGAAAGAGACUCAUCCAGUACAGAGAUUUCCACAUCUGCGCAGCUUUCAACCACAGAAGUGGAUCAAACAACAUGCACUUCCGGUUGUCAUUCACAGGAGUUUGUAUGUGGCGUGGCGCCACGCCAAAGCAGAAUUAUCGGAGGUCAAAAUGCGUCUCCAGGAAGUUGGCCCUGGCAGGCCAGCAUUUACAUGGCAGGCAGACCCAUCUGUGGAGGGUCCCUUAUUAACAACCAAUGGGUGCUAACAGCUGCUCACUGCAUGACGAGCGGUGUCAGCAUCAUGGAAGUCCGUCUUGGUCUCCACUCCCAGUCAGGUGAAAACCUCAAUGGAACGUCACGGGAAAUUGAAGUGGGCAUAAUCCAUCCGAAAUAUAGUGAAUUUACCUCAGAGAAUGACAUAGGUCUGCUGAAGCUGUCGACCCCUGUGAAUUUUACUGACUACAUACAGCCGAUCUGCUUGGCCUCAGCAAACAGCACUUUCCACACCGGGAUAAACAGCUGGGUCACUGGCUGGGGGAACACUGUGCCUGAUAAUCCCUAUUCCCAAUCAGACAUCCUACAGGAGGUGACUGUACAAAUAUUGGGAAACAAUGAGUGCCAAUGUAACUAUCUGGUCGACAUCACAGAGAACAUGAUCUGUGCAGGCGUCAGAGCUGGAGGGAAAGACGCAUGUCAGGGGGACUCAGGGGGACCUCUGGUGACCAAAAAUGAUACUGUCUGGGUCCAGAGUGGAAUUGUAAGUUUUGGUGAAAGCUGCGGCAAAGCUAAAUUUCCUGGAGUCUACACCCGUGUGUCCCAGUACCAGGAAUGGAUCAGCAACAUCACCGGCACAAACACACCAGGUUUUGUUACUUUCGACUCUCCUGGAGUUGACAGCGACUUAAACUUCACCUGUCCAACCACCGCCGUUCCCACCUACAAUCCCAAAACCAUGUAUACUACCGUCGAUUACACCACUACUUCUGAUGAUAAGGAUGGCGAUGGCGAUGGCGAUGUAUUUGGCGGUGGUGAAAGCGUGAUCCACUUCUCCCACUUCAAUCACUUCUUCUCACUCUGUGUUCUUGUUCUGUCACUCUACGUACUGGUUGGUGACGCAUAACAUGAAAAUGUGGAAGUAUGUGCAUUUUAAAGUGCCUGAGCCCAUGAUAAAUGAGCCCUGUUCUUAAGGUAGCACUGAAAAUCAUCUUUAAUGCAGAAAAUAUUCAUGUAAAAAUGAAAAACUGAUUUUUAGUUUAUUAAGCUCAACAAACUUUUUUAAAGAAUUACAUGGGAUAUAUUUGGUAUUAUAAUCACAAAUGGAUUUCUUGACUUAUUUGUCUUUGAUUCUUUUUCGAUUCUUCAAUUUGUCUUUGAUUAUUUGUCUUUGAUUCAUGUUCAAAUUUGAGAUCUUUAUUCUAAUAAAAAGCUAAUCAUACAAUGAACUUGCAGAUGGUUGGGUUGAUGUAAAGUUUUAGACACAACAGUAAAUCUGAAACAAACUAUGAUUCCAAUUUUGUAUUGUCUUGUGAAGGAAUUUGGGGUUUCCAGCCAGGUUUUGAAAUAAACACGUACAAUAAACGUAUCAUUU